UUGUCAGUGUUGGAGCAGCACUUUUCUUGUUUCAGAAGUUUGCUGGAAUUAAUGCUGUGGUGUAUUAUUCGACUUCUGUUUUCCGCAGUGCUGGAAUUGCUUCUGACAUUGCAGCAAGUGCCCUUGUUGGUGCUUAAAAUGUCUUCGGCACUGUAAUCGCUUCGUCCUUGAUGGACAAACAAGGAAGGAAAAGUCUCCUUAUCACAAGUUUUACCGGAAUGUCACAAAUGCCUUUCAACUUGCUACUUCUCAAUGAAUGAUUGUAAAGGCUGUUUCUAUGUUGCUUCUUUCUCUGUCUUUCACUUGGAGUGUCCUUGCACCAUACUCUGGUACCCUUGCAGUGCUUGGAACUGUCGCCUAUGUGUUAUCCUUUUCUCUUGGUGCUGGUCCUGUGCCUGCUCUUCUUCUACCUGAGAUAUUUGCCUCGAGAAUCAGAGCUAAAGCGAUCUCUUUGUCCUUAGGCACACAUUGGAUCUCCAACUUUGUGAUUGGACUGUAUUUCCUAAGUGUUGUAAACAAUUUUGGAAUCACCAGUGUGUACUUGGGGUUCUCAACUGUGUGUAUUCUUGCUGUAUUGUACGUAUCUGGUAAUGUUGUGGAAACAAAGGGUCGUUCAUUAGAAGAAAUAGAACGUGCUCUUAGCCCUGCAUCUUAAUAACAUCCUUAUCAAAUGCAUAUGCAUAAUCCUAAGUGGUAAGUACUGUGACUUUGACUUUAGAUGCGGUUAUUGUAUCUAUCUUAUGUUGAGUUAACUUUGAAAUAUAAUCUAUAGUUAAAUAUGGCAUAAUUCUGUAUUUAUUAAUUAUUAUAUGGAGCACAAAUGAUAGGAAAAAAGGCUAGAAAGAAUUUUCAAUUAAGUUCCUAUAUUUGUUUUCUUUUCAAUUAGGUCCCUAUAUUAUAUCAGAUUUUGUAACUAAGCUCCUGUGACAAAAAUAUUGAAAUUAACGAAAUAUUCUAUUAAACUAUAUAGAUUAUUUAGUUAAGUAUUAGGCAUAUUCGUUUUGUUUAAUGGAAUAUUCCGUCAAUUUUAGCGUUUUUGUCAUAUUAGGAACUUAAUUACAAAAUCUGAAAUGGUAUAGGGACUCAAUUGAAAAAAAAAAGUAUAGAGACCUAAUUGAAAAUUCGGUGAAAUUAUAGGAACCGACAAAAUAAUUAAACCUUAAAAGUAUAAUGCUAAAGAAAUUUUUUUUUGGCUAACGUUAGCUAAUUUUUAUAAAAUUUGUUUAUCUUAAAUUCUAGACCUUAGAUUAUAAAUCUUUAAUCUUAAAUAAUAAAUUGUAAACCUAAAUCGUAAAAUUGACUAACUAAGAAAAGACGUAAGACUUUAUCUAGACUUUAUAUUUAUACUGAAUGUAAAACAUAGACAAAUUAAGAAAAGACGUAAGACUUUAGCUUGAUUCACGUCAAACUUACCAUAAUUUUUAGAUAUUUCUAAGACAAAUCAAAAUGGAAAAAAUAAAUAAUAUUAUUGACUUGAUGUCUAUAAUUUCUUCGUCUUAAAAUCAUGUAUAUAUAUGCCAACAAUUCGAGUCCAAUAAUUUAAUCCUCACAACUGAUUAUGAAAUUUUAGUAUUGAAGAAAAUCUAUUGAUUUUUCUGGUUGAUCUCUCUCAAUAAUUAUCACAUGGAGCGAAACCCACCAUAUCAUUUUCUCUUCAUUAUACUUGGCAUAUCACUAGCAACAAUGGCACCAUUAUUCUUCUACACCUUAUACUUCAAUUCACAACACUUUAUUAUAUAUCCCAUGACACUUCCAAUAUUAUUCACAACAUUUAUGUCAUCACCACCUUCAUUAGAAUUACCAACAAAUUAUUCACAACCGUUAGAUGUAACUACAUCACAUAAUUUCACCAAAGUGUGUGAUUUGAAUACACCAACAAUCAUGCACAACAUGGACGAUGAAGAGUUGUUCCUCAAAGCAAGUAUGGUCCAAGGAAUCCAAGAUUAUUUUCCUAAGAACAAAGCUAAUAUUGUUCCAAAGGUGGCAUUCAUGUUCUUGGUGAAAGGUGCAUUGCCAUUAGCACCAUUGUGGGAGAGAUUCUUCAAAGGACACAAAGGGUUCUACUCCAUUUACUUGCAUCAACAUCCUUCUUUCAAUGAAACCUUGCCUCCGGAUUCUGUUUUCUUUGGAAGAAAAUUCCCUAGCAAGCCAACUUCAUGGGGCUUGUCAUCACUUGUAGAUGCUGAGAGGCGUCUUCUUGCUAAUGCACUUCUUGAUUCAUCCAACCAACGCUUUGUUCUUCUCUCAGAAUCAUGCAUUCCAUUGUUUGGUUUCAAAGCAAUCUAUGACUAUCUCAUGAACACAAACCUUAGCUUCUUAGAAUCAUAUGAUAUGUCUGGAAGACCGGGAACCGGAAGAUACCAUCCAAAAAUGUGGCCAAUCGUUAACAUAACAAAUUUUCGAAAGGGGUCUCAAUGGUUUGAAGUGAAGCGUGACAUUGCAAUUGAAAUAGUGAAAGACACUAAGUACAUCCCUUUGUUUAAGAAGUAUUGUGUUCCACUUCCACAUGGGAUAUGCUUUUGUGAUGAACAUUAUUUGCCCACACUUUUGCAAAUGUUGCACUACAAGAUGAACGCAAAACGUAGCAUCACUUGGGUGGAUUGGUCAAUUGCUGAAGGCCCUCACCCAAGAGAAAUUGGUUCAAGUAGUUAUAACAUUACUUAUGAGUUUUUGAACAAAAUUAGGUUUGGAUCAAAGUGUGUUUACAAUGGAAACACCACCAACAUGUGUUUCCUCUUUGCUAGAAAGUUUCUUCCAAGUGCAUUAGAGCCUUUGCUUAGGGUGUCUCCUUUGUUGUUUGGUAUUGAUCCUUAGUUAACAUAUAAUUCUAUAGUAGUUUAUUUAUCAUCUUAUAAUUUCGUUUUUUCUAUUAAAUAAUGAA